AUGAUGAAGAAGGGACUAGAAAAGCUGAUGGUGAAGGAAAGCCUAGAAGGCCGCCUCCUGUUCGCGGUGCCCAAGAAGGGUCGCCUGAACGCCGCCGCCCUCAACCUGCUUGAGGGUGCCGACGUGCAGUUCCGCCGCGAGAACCGCCUCGACAUUGCCCUCGUCAAGAACCUGCCCAUCGCGCUCAUCUUCCUGCCGGCCGCCGACAUCCCCACCUUUGUCGGCGAGGGCCAGUGCGAUCUCGGCAUCACGGGCUGGGACCAGGUCAAGGAGCACGACGCCAACGUGCGGUCCUACAACCGCUCGCGCCGGGCCUCCAUCGGCGCCGGCGACAACGCCGAGGACCCCCUCAAGACGGCGGGCUGCGACCUCGUCAUGGAGCUCGGCUUCGGCGCCUGCAAGCUCCAGGUCCAGGUGCCGGAGAAGGGCGGCUACGCGACGACGGAGGACCUCAUCGGCAAGACGAUCGGCACGAGCUUCUCGGGCCUCGCCGCCGACCACUUUGCCCGGCUCGAGCUCGGCCUCGAGGGCCAGCCGAACGGCGAGGACUUUGCGACGCCCAAGAAGAUGCGGACCAAGAUCAUUGAGCUCAGCGGCAGCGUCGAAGCUGCGUGCGCGCUGGGCGUGGCUGACGGCAUUGUGGAUCUCGUCGAAUCGGGCGAAACCAUGAGGGCAGCGGGCCUCAAGGCCAUUGACACGGUGGUCGACUCGCAGGCGGUGCUCAUCAAGUCGCGCAAGCCGUCGAACCAGGCAACCAUCGACCUCAUCACGGCGCGCAUCCAGGGCGUCAUCACGGCGCAGCGCUACGUGCUCUGCCAGUACAACAUUGAGAGGGUGCGCCUCACCGAGGCCAAGAGCAUCACGCCGGGCAAGCGCGCGCCGACGGUUACGACGCUCGACACGGAGGGCUGGGUCGCCGUCAGCUGCAUGGUCGUCAAGAAGGAGAUUGCCGUCGUCAUGGACAAGCUGACGGCGGCCGGUGCGCAGGAUAUUCUGGUGCUCGACAUUCACAACUCGCGGUAA